AUGAAUACCAGCUUGUUUAUCAUUCUGGCCCUGGUUGUUCCUGGAAUAUUAUCCCAAGAUCCUGAAAAUCAAUGUAAAGAAUUAUUAGAUGUUGUUGCAGUAGUAGAUGGCUCAGAUAGUAUUUCAUACAAAAACUUUGACAUUUUGAAACAGUUCCUGAAGACCUUGGUCAAUGAUUUAAACAUAGGUGUUGGUGAAACACGGCUUGGUAUCAUUCUCUACAGCAGUGAUAUUACAAUAACCAUUCCCUUUAAUGAAGACAAGGAUUAUCUACUAUACCAGAUAUCUAUUCUCGAACAUGCCAGAGAUGGCACCAAUACAGCCCUGGCUAUAGCAGAGAUGAACCAAAUGAUUGAUGUUUAUGGACGAGAUGGUGUACCCAAAGUAGGCAUCGUCAUUACUGACGGUAUUUCAAAGGACCCUAACGCAACUGUUUACCAGGCAUCACUAGCUCACCAACGGAAUAUUGAUCUUUUUGCUGUGGGUGUUACCGAAAAGGUCAAUCUAGUGGAACUGCAAGGGCUUGCUUCCUCCGAUUCCAAAGUAUUUAUGGUGUCAAAGUUCAGUAACUUAAAUACCAUUCUGAGGAAAGUUGUUCUCCGUAAAUGUCCAGAUCAAUGUAAAGACUAUCUAGAAAUUGUAGCCUUAGUUGAUGGCUCAGACAGUAUUUCCCGAGAUGAUUUUGUCAAACUGAAGUUAGCGUUGGCUAGUUUGGUUGAAGAUAUUGAUGUCAGUGAGAAUAAGACGAGAUUCGGUUUGAUUUUAUACAGCAGCGAUAUCACCGAAGUCAUUUCCUUGAGUCAUGACAAGAAAUAUCUCCUGGAUCAAAUCGCUUUACUACCGCAUCCACGAGAUGGUACCAAAACCGAUUUAGGCUUGGCCCGAAUGAAUCAGCUAUUUCGAGAAGAGGCCAGAGCCGGUGUUCAGAAAAUUGGAUUGGUGAUAACCGAUGGUAUCUCUAAAGACCGCAAUGCAACCCAAAAAGAAGCAUAUGCACUGAAGACAGAUUUGAAUGUGAACAUGUUCACAGUGGGCAUUUCCGACAAUAUUGAUGUAACAGAACUUUCAGAAAUAGCAACAUUAAACCGAAAUAUUCUGACCAUUGACAUAUUUGAUGAUCUUCAGCAUAUUCUGGAAAAUGUCGUGCGCAUGUUUUGUCCACUACCAACAUGUACAUCGGCACUAGAUGUUCUAACCGUAGUUGAUGGUUCCGACAGUAUAUCAGCAGAAGAAUUUAAAGAACUUAAAGAUACAUUGAAGAACCUUGUAUUAGAUUUGGAUAUAGGACAGAGUGGGGCAAGAUUUGGUUUAAUAUUAUACAGCAGUAAUAUAACGGCUGUUAUCACCUUUACCAACAAUAAGAAUUUGAUACUGUCUGAAAUCGAUUCUCUUGACCAGCCUAGAGACGGAACAGAAACUGCUUUGGCUAUUCAGGAAAUGAUUAAAAUGUUUACCAAAUUGGGGAGAAGCUCAUUUCAGAGGAUAGGUAUCGUUAUAACUGACGGUAUGUCCAAGGAUCCCAGCCAGACCAAGCAGAUUGCCCAAGAGGCUAAAAGGGAAGGCAUCAACAUGUUUGCUGUGGGUGUUGGUAAUAGAAUUCAUCAACAAGAACUGAAAGAUAUCGCCAGCAAUAAUCAAGUCUUCAUUUCCGAUAGUUUCUUGGAGCUAAGUCGAAGUUUAAUGGAUGUUGUAAGGAAGGCUUGUCCGGAUCCCAAUCUGACAACCAGUCCGACUGUCAUUUACAGCACAGACACCGUGACCCCAACAAUAAAGAUAUCAUCAUCCACGACCGGAUCAACAAGUGGACCUUCGACAACAAUAGCGUCAACUUCCUCUACCGCUUCGGGAAGCACUACUGAGUCAACAGCUUCUCCGCCUUCGUCGCUCUCUCCCGUCAUAUCUUCAUCGACCACAUCAGUGUACACCACUUCCGAGUCUUCAACUAGUCCUUCUCAGUCCACAACUAGCCCUUCUCAGUCUACAACUAGUCCUUCUCCAUCUACAACCAGUCUUUCUGAAUCCACAACAAGCCAGUCCCAGUCUACAAUAAUUCCUUUUCGAGUCCGUCUCGAUCCACAACGAGUCCGUCUCGAUCCACAACGAGUCCGUCUGAUCUAUUAUACAACGAGUCUAUCACAGUCUACAGAAAGUCCCUCUCAAUCCACAGCGAGUCCGUCUGAUUAUACAACAAGUCCGUCUCAAUCCAUAGUGAGUCAGUCUCAAUCCACAACAAGUCCGCCUCAGUCCACCACGAGUCCUUCUCAGUCUACAGCAAGUCUUUCUCAGUCUACGAGUCCUUCUCAGUCUACAUCGAGUCUUUCUCAAUCUACAUCGAGUCUUUCUCAAUCUACAACGAGUCCUUCACAGUCUACAACGAGUCCUUCUCAGUCUACAACGACUCUUUCUCAAUCUACGAGUCCUUCUCAGUCUACAUCGAGUCUUUCUCAGUCUACAACGAGUCCUUUACAGUCUACAACGAGUCCUUCUCAGUCUACAAUGAGUCUUUCUCAGUCUACAUCGAGUCUUUCUCAAUCUACAACGAGUACUUUACAGUCUACAACGAGUCCUUCUCAGUCUACAACGAGUCUUUCUCAGUCUACAACAAGUCGACCAGGCUCUACAACUCUAAAUAUCAUCAGAAUUAGUGCGACUCCAUCUUUUCCAUCCUACGUGUGCGAUGGUUGUCUCUAUAAGAAUGGAGUGUAUUUAAAAGAUCACCCAACUGACUGCAACAAGUUUUUACAAUGUAACCAGAAAUACGAUGGUUCCUAUGACGUAAUAGUUAAAGAUUGUCCACAAGGGCUGUUUUGGGAUCAAGAUCUUCUGUUGUGUAAUUACCCAGAAAAUACGAAUUGCACAAAAGAUCCCUGUUAUACCUUAGCUGAUUUUAGUACAUACAGCGAUAUAGAAAACAACUGUCGGCAAUAUUUCAAGUGUGUAAAUGGUAUUUCCUAUUUGGAGUGCUGUGAAUCUGGAUAUGGGUUUGAUAAGGUCACCAGGAUGUGUAGUCCAAGUACCACCUGUACUGAAGCUUGUCCCUCAGCAUACGUCAUGGAUGUGUGCGACAAAAGGGCUGUUGUUGGCAAUGCUUUGGUAUUUGAACAGAAAAUCCCAUCAUUCGGCUGGAUAAGGAUGAACUGUGCUCUAGGAACUGCAUUUAAUGAAACGGCUUGCUAUUGUUCAUCGUUUGUGGAUGUUGGAUAUUUGAUACCAGUUUCAUCAGGACCCACUCCAUCAAAUGUUUGUACACCUGAACUGUAUUUACCAUUUGACAAUAACACAAGAGAUCAAUCUGGAAAUGGUUUCUACGUUCAAAAUAAUGGUGUGGUGGUCGAGGACGGGGUAGCUUAUUUCGAUGGUAACAGUUCUUUAAGAAUACCAAGGUUUACCAAUGUUGAUUUUGGAACGAAGUUAAGAAUCACGUUUAAGUAUAAAGUUGAUGGCAUCAGGUCCACGCCACAAGCCUUGGUCACUAACAGUGAUUGUGGAGAAGAAGGAUCACUAUAUAUUGUGAGUGAUCCAGAUCAGGUGACAUUCAGUACCCGAACAGACAAUUUGAACUCGCCUUUACCAGCUUUAACAACAUUAUCUUCGUCUGAAUGGAAUGAAGUAGAGUUUAAGUAUGAUAAUGGUGUGUUUACAGGAACUGUAAACGGUGCUUCUAAUACACAGAUUAUUAUGGGUUCGAUUAAAAGAAAUCAUUAUGCCUUACAAAUUGGUCGAGGUGAUCAGUUCUCUAAUUUUAAAGGUUGGAUCGACGAGGUUUACGUGUAUAUGUGUUAGGUGGUGAAUUUUUAUUUGUUAAUAAUAUUGUUUUUAAUAAUAGUAGAUGAUUAUGCAGAGUGUGUAAUUAAAGUUUACACUUG